AUGAAGUACAUGAUGGAGGCUGGAUUAUUGACUAAUAUUAAACCAUUACCGAAACAACAUGAAAAUGAUCAUACCAAGAAACAAGAAUAUUUUACAAAUCUCCGAUCGAACAUGGAUUGGAAUGCAUCGAGUAGGACAGAUAAGGGAGUUCACUCAAUUGCCAAUAUAUUUUCAUGUAAAGUUCCCGAGAGUGUUAAGGAGAAUGUAGAUUGGAUUUCAGAAUUGACUAAUAGAUUUUCAAAUGUUGAGGAUUCUUUACGAGUUUUUCAUUUGGAAACAAUUAAGGAGGAUGCAGAGAAUUUCAAUAGCAGGAAAUUUGGAUUGUGGAGAACAUAUGAAUAUUUCAUUCCACAAUAUUGUCUGAAAGGAAUGAUUAGCGAGAGUAAAAUGACACUCUAUCAAAAAUUGGCAAAAAAGCCAACCGUCACGUUGCCAGACGUUAACUUGGAAGCUGUUUGCAAACAGCUCAAUAAUGUAUUUUCUAGGAUGGAAGGAUUCAAGAAUUUCCAAAAUUUUACCUCAAACACUACAUCAAAUGGAUCUUCAGAGGGAGGUCAAGAGGAUGAUUUGGAUACCUUUCAAAAUUCUGACACUGUUGGAAAUCAGUACCAUAGAACUGUAUUUCAAUGCUUUGCUAAGCCUUAUACAAUUGGAGUUCCAAACUCCAAGUUACAACAAGCAUCUGGUUUAGCACCCAUUUCAUCAUCAGACGCAUUGAGAGGAGUACUAAUCAAGGUGACAGCCAGUGGUUUCCUCUAUCAUCAAAUCAGAAAAAUGGUUGGAUUGGCAAUUUCACAUUUAAUCUUUCCAAAGGAAAUUAACGAUGAAUUUAUCGACAUUGCCAUCAACUCAAAAGAAACAAUGUUCAUUCCGACAGCCCCUGGCGACUCUCUCAUUCUUCUUCAUACUGCACUCAGAGACUCUUCCAUGGAGAAUAGAAUUUAUGGAAAUUCCAACAGCUCAAAGAGGUCUGAAUUCUACGAUGGUUGUACCAACAAGGAAAUGGAACAAUUCAGAAUUCACCAUCUCUAUCCUGAAAUAUUGACAGAAACUCCAGCCUCCUUCAUUCAUGUCCAAUCCUAUCUAAACAGUGAGAAGAAACAAGAGGAAAAGAAGAAUCAAAAAUCCUCAUGGAUUCAACUCGCCCAAGAAUUGAAAUUCUACCUCAAAGACCUCAUCGAACAGAAAGAACAUGUCAAGGCACGAGCCAAGAAGCAAAUAGAAGAAUCGAAAAGGAGAGACGAAUGGAAGAAGAAGGAAGAGCGAGAACGUCGAAUGAGGACAACCAUUGGAGAAAAUACAGAGCUUCUCCCAUCAGGUUACAAACUCCACUUUUACAUCAAAUUUAAAUGUCUCCCAAAUGAGGAGAAGAGCACCAAGGCAUUGAAUAUUUUGGAACAACUCUAUCGAUCAAAGGAAAUACCAAUUGAGGAAACCAAUUUUGAAACUCUAGAUCAAAUACUAAUUUCAAAACUUAAUUUAUCAUGA